UCUUAACAGGUGAUGUUGCAAGGGGGAGUGGGGUCGACCGUCACAUGAUGUCAUCAGUCAUUUUCAAGCUUAUGAGUGGAUUCCAUCUAAACUUAGGAAAUGUGGCCAUCAACAAAAUCUUUGAGGGAGAGCCUGAUCACCUCAUCCCCUCAGUUUUAGAUGAAUUUCUUGACAAUGACAUGUUCACAGUCGCAGGCCGGAUGAUUGGCCAUUCUUUCUUGUAUCGCGGCCCGAGUUUCCCGGGACUUAGCCCAGCUAUUAUUCACAUUCUCUUUGGAGGUUCGCUGGAGACCACUCCUGUGACAAUACAAGAUUGCCCAGAUCUGGACAUCCGUGACAUUGUGAAAAUGCUCUAUGGCGAUGCUGAAUUAAAAGAAUGUGACUCCAUUCAUCAGCUGUGUCUGUCAUGGGACCUGCCAGCACCAAAUGCUACCAACAGGAAAUGGCUGUCUCAAAAGCUUCUUCUGCAUGCUGUUGUUGAACAAACAAGGCGUCAAAUCAAUCAGUUUCAAAAAGGCUUAAAAGAGACAGGCAUAUGGGAGCUUCUCAUUCACAGAAGAGAUGUAAUUCCAAUCCUGUUUCCCAGGGAAUCAGAAGCACAAAUCACACCUCAGAUGAUCUUGGAUCGCAUCAUAUGGCCAUCAUCUAUAACUGUCUUCUUUGAGAACUACGAAGACGAAGACGGAGAUGAAGACGAAGAUAGUUACGAUGCCAUAGACGUAUGUCGAGUAUGCGGCUACUUGAAGACAUUCAUUGAAAAUGUGUCUCCUGCUGAGUUAAAGAGGCUCAUAAAGUUCUGGACAGGAUGGGAGGUGCCAGCCACAGAGAUGAGGGUGAAAAUACAUGAGGCUACAUUUCCAACAGCUUUAACAUGUUUUGAGACGCUAAGGCUGCCGAGGCAUUACACAGAAUACAAACAAUUUCAUCAAGAUUUGCGUGUAUGCACAUCAAUCGGUUGCAGCAGCUUUGGUUGUGUCUGAAGUAGAACGAUGUUUAAAUGGAUGUAAAUUGAAUGUGUGGAACUUGCCAAUGUGUGUGUGUGUGACUGUUAUAAUGUCAAUAAUAAACUCAUAUUUUAUU